UCUGCAGUCCCUGUAGAAGCAGCUCUGGUUCCAACCCCUCCAGGCCCAGUUUUGACAGGCGGGCGCAACAGCCAGUGCCGAGUCGCGGAGGCCGGCUGGGGUGCGGGAACCUGAUCCAGCCGGGAGGCGGGGGCGGGGCGGGGGCCCGGGUGCUUGGGGAGGGGCCGGCGCCCGCCUUCCUCCCCCAUUCAUUCAGCCGACCGUGGGGGCCGAGGGGCUCCGGCGGCCAGCUCUGCACCGGGAGCGGGAGCGCGCAGGGCCCGGUCUCCGCGGGACUCCCUGCGCACCAGCCACCAUGUCCGACCCCGCGGUCAACGCACAGCUGGACGGGAUCAUUUCAGACUUUGAAGCCUUAAAGAGAUCGUUUGAAGUUGAGGAGAUUGAGCCACCCAACUCCACGCCACCCCGGAGGGUCCAGACCCCUCUGCUCCGGGCCACGGUGGCCAGCUCCAGCCAGAAAUUCCAGGACCUGGGGGUGAAGAACUCAGAGCCCGCUGCCCGCCUUGUAGACUCCCUGAGCCAGCGCUCCCCCAAGCCUUCCCUGCGGAGGGUGGAGCUGGCGGGAGGCAAGGCGCCUGAGCCCAUGUCUCGCCGCACAGAGAUCUCCAUCGACAUCUCCUCCAAGCAGGUGGAAAGCACAGCCUCCGCUGCCGGGCCCUCGCGGUUCGGCCUUAAGAGGGCCGAAGUCCUGGGCCACAAGACCCCAGAGCCUGUCCCUCGGAGGACGGAGAUCACCAUUGUCAAGCCUCAGGAGUCAGUGCUCCGCAGGGUGGAGACCCCUGCCUCCAAGAUUCCCGAGGGCUCUGCCGUGCCUGCCACCGAUGCAGCCCCCAAGAGGGUAGAGAUCCAGGUGCCCAAGCCAGCCGAGGCACCCAACUGCCCGCUCCCGUCCCAGACCCUGGAGAACUCCGAGGCCCCGAUGACUCAGCUGCAGAGCAGGCUGGAGCCCAGGCCCCCUGUGGCUGAGGUCCCAUAUCGGAACCAGGAAGACUCCGAGGUGACUCCCAGCUGUGUUGGCGACAUGGCUGACAACCCUAGAGAUGCCAUGCUCAAGCAGGCGCCCGCGUCACGGAACGAGAAGGCCCCCAUGGAGUUCGGCUAUGUGGGGAUCGACUCCAUCCUGGAACAGAUGCGCAGGAAGGCUAUGAAACAGGGCUUCGAGUUCAACAUCAUGGUGGUGGGGCAGAGCGGCCUCGGGAAGUCCACCUUAAUCAAUACCCUCUUCAAGUCCAAAAUCAGCCGGAAGUCGGUGCAGCCCACCUCGGAGGAACGCAUCCCCAAGACGAUUGAAAUCAAGUCGAUCACCCACGAUAUUGAAGAGAAGGGGGUUCGAAUGAAGCUGACGGUGAUUGACACUCCAGGCUUCGGAGACCACAUCAACAAUGAGAACUGCUGGCAACCCAUUAUGAAGUUCAUCAACGAUCAGUACGAGAAGUACCUGCAGGAGGAGGUCAACAUCAACCGGAAGAAGCGCAUUCCUGACACCCGCGUCCACUGCUGCCUCUACUUUAUCCCAGCCACCGGCCACUCGCUCAGGCCCCUGGACAUCGAAUUCAUGAAGCGGCUAAGCAAAGUGGUGAACAUUGUCCCCGUCAUCGCCAAGGCGGACACGCUGACCCUGGAAGAGAGGGUCUACUUCAAACAACGGAUCACGGCAGACCUGCUGUCCAACGGCAUUGACGUGUACCCGCAGAAGGAGUUUGAUGAGGACGCAGAAGACCGGCUGGUGAACGAGAAGUUCCGGGAGAUGAUCCCAUUUGCUGUGGUGGGCAGCGACCAUGAGUAUCAAGUCAAUGGCAAGAGGAUUCUGGGAAGGAAGACCAAGUGGGGCACCAUUGAAGUUGAGAAUACCACUCACUGUGAAUUUGCCUACCUGCGGGAUCUCCUUAUCAGGACGCACAUGCAGAACAUUAAAGACAUCACCAGCAACAUCCACUUCGAAGCCUACCGUGUGAAACGCCUCAACGAGGGCAAUAGCGCCAUGGCCAACGGGAUCGAGAAGGAGCCGGAAGCCCAGGAGAUGUAGAUGCGUCCCGCCCCUGGACCCCACCCCCAGAUCUUUUCAUCAUCCCUGGCCCACCCACCUACCCUGUCUUAUUUUAUAUAAUUAUCUCCACUUGUCACCUGCCUCCAUCCAUCUCUUCCCACUUUGCCAGGUAAUAAGAGAGGGUUUACCUCCCAAGUGUGCUCUUAUUGGCUGCAGCAGCAGGGUGGGCGGGGUUAAGCCUGGGUUUGCCUCUGUGCUCUACUUCCUCCCGGACUCAGCCCCUGAGCGGUUAGAAGAGCUAUGUGUCCGUGCCCGCUCUGAGUUCUUAGCCGAAGCCUGUGGGGGCCAGGGCCUAGGGGGUGCAGAGGAGCCCAUUAGACCACCAGACCCCAUGGCCGCAGCCCCAAGCCAGUUAGAGGCUGCACCAGAGGAGGAUGGAGCUGGCCAGGUGUUCCUGGAACCCCACCUGCCCCUCCGGGGGUGUUUCUUACAGUGCCCUCAGCUGCCUGCCCCUCAAGGGAACUAGAGACGUCGCAGCCAAAGUUGCCAAUCACUUAGACAAAGUGACAACCGUGCCCCUCGAGCUUGUCCCAGAGCAGAAAGUGCCUUGAUCCACAAGAGCCUGUCACCUCUUCCCAGAUGUCCCUUUGGAUGAAAAGCAGGGACGCGCUGGAGAGGGGGAGGUGUCCUUUCUCCCUUGCCCUUCGAGUCUCUCUCCCCUGUGCUGUAGAUACUGCUAGUACACUGGGCUUUAAUUAUAAAAGACGAAGCGUGAAAGAUGCUCCCCAGUGUUAUGAAGCCCCACUCCCAAUAUAAGGAAGGUCAAAGCAAGAAGAUGAGUCGAAGCCAUGAGGGAGGAAGCCAUGGCAGGGAGGCAUAAGGGUGUGUGGGAGUUCUCCUGCCCCAGGUGCCGCGGAAGGCAUAUCCGUGUGGUCCUCAGUUUGGGCCAAGACACUCUGGUUACCUUGACGCUCCGCUGCCUCACCCUGCCCCACCCCACACACGCCAGGCUCAAGCCUCAAUGAUUCAGUGACUGUACUGGGUGGGAGCCAGAAACCUGACCAUUUUGUUGUCUACAUGAGCCUAGACUAGCCCUGUGCCCUAGAACCCAUCAAAAAUACCCCCAAAGAGGGAGAGAUGAGGGGUCAGAGGUGGAUAGCCGGACUCACUCAUCUUCUCUCAGAUGGAACAUUAGGGGCCAUCCAUGCACAGCUGACCAAAGCCGUGUCUUUCCUGCCUGCCUCCCAUUCACGUUUGCCCCUGGGGAGGAAGUUUGGUGAGGUUAGUGGGUUGGAGCCGCUUGGGGAAGGUCCUCUACAGACCCUGGGCUAGCUUUCUGCAGCCCAGAAGUGCAGUGGGAGGGGUGGGGUGCAGACAGACGGAGACGAACAUUGUUUCCUGCUUUGGGCGUCUAUUCCCUCAUCCAAGCAUGGAAGGCCCCUCGUCACGCCCUGUGGCCGAACAGUUUGCUUGCCAGCUUGCCAAGUUCUUUUGCCAAAAUCAGGACUUUGAAGGAAAUCUCCAGCAUGCUGGACCCAGGGCACUCCAGCCUUCUCCAGCCCCAGUGUCCCUGGGGAUUUAGCAGCAACCUGGUCAUCAGGAUGACUUUGUGCCUCUGUAACCAGGUAUUGAAACUGUUCGUCUCACCAGGCUGUUUCACAUGGCCCUCUGCUGGGGGCUUCCUGGUGGGGGGGUGGAAAAGUCUCUCUCUCUCUCUCUCUCUCUCUCUCUCUCUCUCUCUCUCUCUCUCUCUCUCUUUUGUAUAAAUAACAAAGUGUUGAAAUGUAUUUCCUGAAAUAAAUGUUUCAAAUACAAACUUU